AUUAACUUUGAUCGGAUGAGCUACGCUAUGGACACAGUCGGGAGCCCCUUCAGGAGAAAUAUGGAUUCCAGGACGACCGGCUACGGCUACAGCCGCUCCGACAGUAUCCCGCCCAGCGGUUUUCGCUCCCAGUCUCGGUCCCGAGCAAGCCCCGGCGCCACCGUGACCUCGUCCUACAAGAGGAGCAAGAACAUGCCGGUGUCCAGAAUGUACAGCUCAACGGUGCACAGCUCCGGCGACAGCGUUGAUUAUGGUCAAACCUCCAUGCUGAACGGACACUACAGGCGCGCUAACGAGAAAGAGCAACUUCAGGGGCUCAACGACCGGUUUGUCGUUUACAUCGACAAGGUGCACUACCUGGAGCAGCAGAACAAGCAGAUCGAGGAGGAAAUCCACGCACUGCGGCAGAAGCAGGUGUCGCGCUCCGAGCUGGGCAACGACUACGACCAGGAGCUGCAGGAGCUGCGCUCCAUGCUGGAGCAGAUCCACCACGACAAGGUGCAGAUCCAGCUUGACACCGACCACAUCGAGGAGGACAUUCAGCGGCUCAGGGACCGCUUUGAAGAAGAGGCUCGCAUCAGGGAGGAGACGGAGGCCUUAAUCCGCGUGCUGAUGAAGGACACGGGCGACUCAGAGUUGGUGAAGUCUGAGUUGGAUAAGAAAGUUCAGUCGCUGCAGGACGAGAUCGCCUUCAUCCGCAACAACCACGAGGAAGAGGUUAGUGACCUCAUCGCCCAGAUCCAGGCGUCUCAGGUGACCGUGGAGAGGAAAGACCUCCAGAAGACGGACAUCACCGAGGCUCUGCGGGAGAUCCGCUACGAGCUCGAGGGCCACUCUAACCAGAACCUGCAGCAGGUGGAAAACUGGUUCAUAUGCCGAUUCUCCAAGCUCACCGAGGCUGCAGAACAGAACAAGGACGCCAUCAAGUCCACCCGCGAUGAGAUAACCGACUACCGCCGCCAACUGCAGUCCAAGACGGUGGAGUUGGAGUCCAUCCGCGGGACAAGAGACUCGCUGGAGAGGCAGCUCAAUGACAUCGAGGACCGCCACAACAGCGAUCUGUCCAGCCUGCAGGAGACAAUUCACCAGCUGGACAAUGAGCUCAAAAGCACCAAAUGGGAGAUGGCUCGUCACCUGCGCGAGUAUCAGGACCUGCUCAAUGUCAAGAUGGCCUUGCACAUUGAGAUCGCUGCAUACAGGAAACUCCUUGAUGGUGAGGAAACCCAUUUAAGCACUUUCCCUUAUCGUCAUGCAACCGCCUCUACAAUCUCUAAGCCUAAAUCAGACCCUCCCAAGCUGAAGGUGCAUUACAAGUUUGUGGAGGAGAUCAUCGAAGAGACAAAGGUAGAGGAUAAGAAGUCAGAUAUCGACGAGGCCCUGGCAGAAAUGGCACAGGAGCUGUCUGGCACACUUGGAGGUGGGGAAGAUGAGGGGGAUGAACAAGGAGAAAAUGAGACUACUGAUAGGGAAGAUGGGGAGGGAAGUGAUGAAGGAGACAGCAAUGAGAGAGAGGGAGAGGGGGAAGUUGAGGAGACAGUCUUAUGUUCUAAAGCUCCAGAGUCUAAAGCCUCGCUUGACAAGGAGAGGGCCGGAGACAUUGAAGGAGAGGAAGAAGCUGAUGCUGAAAAGGAAAAUGGUGAUAAGGACAAAGAUGCAGGUGAGGAUGAAGCAAUCCAAAGCAGGGGUGAGAAAGAUGAUGAAGAGAACGCGGACAAAGAAAGUGAAAAGUAUGUGAAGAAGUUAAGAGAUGAGAAAGCAAAAGAAGUUGUAGAAGUAGGAGUUCCAAAGACAAAAGCUGCAAUGGAAGCUCCUAAGCCAGAAGUUGAAAAUUCAGAUGCUGCAAAGCCAGAAGCUGUAAAUCCAGAAGCUGUAAAGCCAGAAGCUGUAAAUCCAGAAGCUGUAAAGCCAGAAGUUGAAAAGCCAGAAGUUGCGAUGCCAGAAGUUGAAAAAUCAGAAGUUGAAAAGCCAGAAGUUGCAAAGUUAGAAGCUGCAAAGCCAGAAGUUGCAAAGUCAGAAACUGCAAAGCAAGAAGGUGCAAAGAUAGAAGUUGCAAAGUCAGAAACUGCAAAGCAAGAAGGUGCAAAGAUAGAAAUAAAAAAGUCAGAAUCUGCCAAGCCAGAAGUUGAAAAAUCAGAAGUUGCAAAGCCAGAAGUUGCAAAGUCAGAAACUGCAAAGCCAGAAGUUGAAAAAUCAGACGUUGAAAAGCCAGAAGUUGCAAAGUUAGAAGGUGCAAAGCCAGAAACUGCAAAGCAUGAAGGUGCAAAGAUAGAAGUUGCAAAGUCAGAAACUGCAAAGCAGGAAGGUGCAAAGAUAGAAGUCACAAAGUCAGAAUCUGCCAAGCCAGAAGUUGAAAAAUCAGAAGUUGCAAAGCCAGAAAUUGCAAAGUUAGAAGUUGCAAAGCCAGAAGUUGAAAAGACAGAAGUUGCAAAGCCAGAAGUUGAAAAGACAGAAGUUGCAAAGCAAGAAGGUGCAAAGAUAGAAGUUGCAAAGUCCGAAACUGCAAAGCAAGAAGGUGCAAAGAUAGAAGUCACAAAGUCAGAAUCUGCCAAGCCAGAAGUUGCCAAGCCAGAAGUUGUAAAGUCAGAAACUGCAAAGCCAGAAGCUGCAAAGCCAGACGUUGCCAAGACAGACAUUGCCAAGCGAGAGGUUAAAAUAUCAGAGGUUCCAAAGCCAGAAGUAGCAAAGCAAGAAGCUGUAAAGCCAGAAGUUCGAAAGCCCGAAGUUGAAAAGCCAGAAUUUGCCAAGCCAGAAGUUGAAAAGCCAGAAGUUGCCAAGCCAGAAGUUGAAAAGCCAGAAGUUGCAAAGUCAGAAGCUGCAAAGCCAAAAGCUGAAAUGCCAGAAGUUGAAAAGCCAGAAUCUGCCAAGCCAGAAGCUGAAAAGCCAGAAGUUGCAAAGUCAGAAGCUGCAAAGCCAGAAGCUGAAACGCCAGGAGUCACAAAGUCAGAAUCUGCCAAGCCAGACAUUGUAAAGCCAGAGGUUGAAAAAUCAGAAGUUGCAAAGCCAGAAGUUGCAAAUCAAGAAGCUGUAAAGCCAGAAGUUGCCACGCUAGAAGUUGAAAAGCCAGAAGUUGCAAGCAGAAAUUGCAAGUUAGAAGUUGCAAAGCCAGAAGUUGAAAAGACAGAAGUUGCAAAGCCAGACGUUGCAAAGUCAGGAACUGCAAAGCAAGAAGGUGCAAAAAUAGAAGUCACAAAGUCAGAAUCUGUCAAGCCAGAAGUUGCCAAGCCAGAAGUUGUAAAGUCAGAAACUGCAAAGCCAAAAGCUGCAAAGCCAGACGUUGCCAAGACAGACAUUGCCAAGCCAGAGGUUAAAAUAUCAGAGGUUCCAAAGCCAGAAGUAGCAAAGCAAGAAGCUGUAAAGCCAGAAGUUGAAAAGCCCGAAGUUGAAAAGCCAGAAUUUGCCAAGCCAGAAGUUGAAAAGCCAGAAGUUGCCAAGCCAGAAGUUGAAAAGCCAGAAGUUGCAAAGUUCGAAGCUGCAAAGCCAAAAGCUGAAAUGCCAGAAGUUGCAACGUCAGAAUCUGCAAAGCCCGAAGUUGAAAAGCCAGAAUUUGCCAAGCCAGAAGUUGAAAAGCCAGAAGUUGCAAAGUUAGAAGCUGCAAAGCCAAAAGCUGAAACGCCAGGAGUCACAAAGUCAGAAUCUGCCAAGCCAGACAUUGUCAAGCCAGAGGUUGAAAAAUCAGAAGUUGCAAAGCCAGAAGUUGCAAAUCAAGAAGCUGUAAAGCCAGAAGUUGCCACGCCAGAAGUUGAAAAGCCAGAAGUUGUAAAGUCAGAAACUGCAAAGUCAGAAGCUGCAGAGUCUGAAGCUGCCAAAACGGAGGAAUCUAAAGCAGAUUCUAAACCAGAUUCUUCAAAGCCAGAGGCCAAGAAGGAAGAAGCUGCCAAAACGGAGGAAUCUAAACCAGAUUAUUCAAAGCCAGAGGCCAAGAAGGAAGAAGCUGCCAAAAUGGAGGAAUCUAAGCCAGAUUCUCCAAAGUCUGAAUCCCCUAAAUCUGAAUCACCUAGACCUGGAUCCCCUAAAUCUGAAUCACCUAACCCUGAGUCCCCUAAAUCUGAAAUACCUCGGCCCGAUUCCCUUAGAUCUGAUUCUCCCAAGCCUGCCUCUCCUAAAUCUGAGUCCCCCAAAGAAUGCUCACCAAAGCCUGGAUCCCCAGUACCCAGCUCCAUAAAAACCGAGACCACCAAGUCACACUCCUCAAAACCCGAAUUUCCAAAAGCUGAAUCCCCAAAGACCGCCAAGUCCGAAGCCCCAAAAGCUGCUGAAGAGAAAUCUGAGGACAAGAGUGACCCAAUAAAUGACAAAGACAUGGAAAAGAAAGGUGAUGCCAAGAACGUUGACGUAGACAAGAGCAGCCCAGAAGAGAAAGAGAAGAAGCACGAGGGAAAAGAAGAUGGCAUGAUCGCUAACGGGGUGGACGAAAGUCCCGUCAAACAAGACGCCGACCACAAAGUGGUGGUCACCAAAACUGUGGAGUCGAUUACCACCGGAGAAGACGGGUCCAAGCACGUCACCAAAUCUGUCACUGUGACCAAGAGGAUGAAGGAAGAGGUGGAAGAAGUGGUGCAGGAGAAGCUGGUAUCCACCAAGAAGACGGAGAAGCUCUCCACCCAGUCCAUCGAGCAAGUGAAAGAGGGAGAAUGAGCAGACUACGGGUCAGAGGAGGAGAAGCAGAGAUCACCUAAGAACUAAUAUUACAAAAGAAAAAACAUCAUACAGCUAGAGCGAUGUAAUAACCACUUGAAAACAUACAAAUGAAUUAUAGAGACAAGCCAAAAGUUCAACUUUAAGCUAUACAUUUCAAAAAUGCAGCUUUAAACAGGUACUGCUCCUGCGGUGAGGAGCUAGCGAGACAUGCUUUCUAUCACUGUCUGUCUGUCAUUUGACUGCAACUGAAAAACAAAAAAAUAAGUUUAAAAAAUUAUUAAUUUGUGCAUUCUUAUAUGCAUAGGAUGGAGUUGAAUUUAAAUACAGAAAUUAAUGAGGGUUUUUG